GCGUCUCGUUGCGCAGGAACAGACUGAUGUUUGGUUUCCUCCGCGGGAUGCGGAGCCGCAGUUGGUGUGUUUCGGCCGUGGCGCAGCCGAGGAAAGCCGGACAGCCUCGGCUCGGAUGAAGGACGCGUUGCGCAUCGGAUAAAAAAAAAAAAAAAAAAAAAACUACCCCAAACUUCUGAAAGCAGCCGGGAGCCGCACUGUGGCGGAGUGUCUGGCUGUGCGCGACUUUAAAUCAUCUUUCUGCUGCUGGAUAUGAAUUAGUGAAACUGAGUGCUGCAGGUGGGAGGGAGCAGCCAAACCUGCAUCACUGUUGUGAUUGUUUCUGGUAAAUGAGCUGCCAGUUUGCUCGGGGACGCCUGGAAAACCCUUCAAGGACCCGCUGGAGGUCCUUGAACCUCACUUUGGGCGCCGCUAGGUCAAAAUAACUCGCUUCUCUCCUGUUUUCCAGCCUUAAUCUGCGUUUUUUCCCUGUGUUUUUACGCAUUUUUUGAGGCAGUGUAAACAUUUCCGCAGCCAUGGUGGACGCUGCGGAGUGCGGGGUGAGAGUGAUGUGCCGCUUCAGGCCGCUGAACGAAGCCGAGAUCAACAGAGGAGACAAAUACAUCCCCAAAUUCAAGGAGGACGACACCGUGGUGAUAACGGGCAAGCCGUACGUGUUUGACCGCGUGCUGCCGCCCAACACGUCCCAGGAGCAGGUCUACAACGACUGCGCCCGGCAGAUCGUCAGAGAUGUGCUCGGCGGCUACAAUGGGACGAUCUUCGCCUACGGACAGACGUCCUCUGGGAAGACGCACACCAUGGAGGGAAAACUGCACGACCCCCAGCUGAUGGGAAUAAUCCCCCGCAUCGCCCACGACAUCUUCGACCACAUCUACUCCAUGGACGAGAACCUGGAGUUUCACAUCAAGGUCUCUUAUUUUGAAAUCUACUUGGACAAGAUCAGAGACCUGCUGGACGUGUCAAAGACCAACCUCGCCGUGCACGAAGACAAAAACCGGGUGCCGUACGUCAAGGGCUGCACCGAGCGCUUCGUCUCCAGUCCAGAGGAAGUGAUGGACGUCAUCGACGAGGGGAAGGCCAACCGGCACGUGGCGGUCACCAACAUGAACGAGCACAGCUCCCGCAGCCACAGCAUCUUCCUCAUCAACAUCAAGCAGGAGAACAUCGAGACGGAGAAGAAGCUGUCGGGGAAGCUCUACCUGGUCGACCUGGCCGGCAGCGAGAAGGUCAGUAAGACGGGUGCAGAGGGAGCCGUGUUGGACGAGGCCAAGAACAUCAAUAAAUCUCUCUCGGCGUUGGGGAACGUCAUCUCAGCUCUGGCCGAGGGAACGAAAAGCCACGUGCCGUACCGGGACAGCAAGAUGACCCGGAUCCUGCAGGACUCUCUGGGAGGAAACUGUCGCACCACCAUCAUCAUCUGCUGCUCGCCGUCCGUCUACAACGAGGCCGAGACCAAAUCCACGCUCAUGUUCGGACAGAGGGCCAAAACCAUAAAGAACACGGUGUCUGUGAACCUGGAGCUGACGGCCGAGGAGUGGAAGAAGAAAUACGAGAAGGAGAAAGAGAAGAACAAGAGCCUGAAGAACAUCAUCCAGAGGCUGGAGGCCGAGCUGAACCGCUGGAGGAACGGUGAGGACGUUCCCGAGGAGGAGCAGCUGAGCUCCAAGGAGCAGAGGAGCCUGGAGCCGUGCGACAACACACCCAUCAUCGACAACCUGCUGCCGGCCGCAGGAGGAGGAGGAGGAGGAGGAGGAGGAGGAGGGGGCGUGGCCAGCGAGGAGACCAGGAAGUACGAGGAGGACAUCGGCAACCUGUACAAACAGCUGGACGACAAGGACGAUGAGAUCAACCAUCACAGUCAGCUGGCUGAGAAGCUCAAGGAGCAGAUGCUGGACCAGGAGGAGCUCCUGGCGUCGACGCGGCGCGACUACGAGAAGAUCCAGGAGGAGCUGUGCCGGCUGCAGACGGAGAACGAGCUGGCCAAGGAGGAGGUGAAGGAGGUGCUGCAGGCGCUGGAGGAGCUCGCCGUCAACUACGACCAGAAGAGCCAGGAGGUGGAGGAGAGGGAGCUGGCCAACCAGCAGCUGGCCGAGCAGCUGCAGCAGAAAACGGCGGUGCUGUCGGCCGUGCAGCGGGAGCUCAGUCAGCUGCAGGAGCUCAGCGGCCUCCAGAGGAAGCGAGCGGCCGAGGUUCUCAACCUGCUGCUGCGCGACCUCAGCGACAUCGGCGCCAUCAUCGGCACCAGCGACAUCAAGACGGCCACGUGCUCGGAGGCGAAGGGGAACGGCGUGGCGGUGGAGGAGGAGUUCACCACGGCUCGCCUCUACAUCAGCAAGAUGAAGUCGGAGGUGAAGUCGCUGGUGAACCGCAGCAAGCAGCUGGAGAGCGCCCAGGCCGACGCCCACCGCAAGAUCCAGGCCAAUGAGAAGGAGCUGGCCUCCUGUCAGCUGCUCGUCUCCCAGCACCAGGCGAAGAUCAAGUCCCUGACAGACUACAUGCAGAACAUGGAGCAGAAGAAGAGGCAGCUGGAGGAGAGUCAGGACGCUCUGACCGAGGAGCUCGCCAAGCUGCAGGCUCAGGAGAAAAUCCACGAGGUGUCGGGGGAGGAGAAGGAGAAGGAGGACAUCAGCCGGCCGGACGACGACAUCAAGAAGACGCUGGACGAGCAGCUGGAGAACCACAGGGAGGCUCAUCAGAAGCAGCUCAGCCGCCUCCGAGACGAGAUCGACGACAAGCAGAGGAUGCUGGACGAGCUGACCGAUCUGAACCAGGGCCUGCUGCUGGAGCAGGAGAGGCUGCUGUCCGACUACGACAAGCUGAAGGCCGACGAGCAGGAGAAGGACUCCAAGCUGCAGAAGCUCAUGCUGCUGAACGAGCAGAGGGAGCAGGCCAGGGAGGAGCUGAAGGGCCUGGAGGACACCGUGGCCAAGGAGCUGCAGACUCUGCACAACCUGCGCAAACUCUUCAUCCAGGACCUGACCACGCGGGUCAAGAGGAGCGCAGAGCUGGACUGCGAGGAGGGAGUCGGCAGCGUCGCCCAGAAACAGAAGAUUUCUUUCCUGGAGAACAACCUGGAGCAGCUCACCAAGGUCCACAAGCAGCUGGUGCGGGACAACGCCGACCUGCGCUGCGAGCUGCCCAAGCUGGAGAAGCGUCUGCGGGCGACGGCGGAGCGCGUCAAGGCGCUGGAGAACGCGCUCAAGGAGGCCAAGGAGAACGCCAUGAGGGACCGCAAGCGCUACCAGCAGGAGGUGGACCGCAUCAAGGAGGCGGUGCGCGCCAAGAACAUGGCCAGGAGGGGGCACUCUGCUCAGAUCGCCAAGCCCAUCCGGCCGGGCCACCACCCGCUGCCCUCGCCCCUCACCGCCUCCAUCAGGGCCGGAAACCUCUACAACCACAACUUCACCGUCAGCAGCAAGUAAACCCUGCAGCCAGACGGACCACAGCCUCCAGUCUCACAGCAUGUCCAACUUCACACGUCCCACUUGGAUCCGUAAGCCCCGCCCCUCCUCUUGAAGCACCAAUAGGAGGCCACCAUGACAGACUGUCACCUCCCAGCGAGACCGCCC